AAAAAAUUUCAACUUUUAUUUUUGUAGUAGUGAACAAGAAAGUUUAAAAAACAAUUAUAUUAAUAGGCUAUAAAGUACAGCAUAAAAUUAAAUAUUGAAAGUCAAUAAGUUACAUGUAUGUUUAACAGGUCCCAAUGUAGUAGAAAUUUCCCUCUUCUUCUUAUUCCAUUCAUUCCAUUUCUGUCCAUAAGCUGUGAGAGUCGGUUUGUGGAUUUGUGGAGAAAAAAAAAUUAUUUUCCAACAUUUUUUUAAAUCAAUUUUUCAAUGAAAGAACGAUUAAUAACUAGUAAAAACGUUUAGUUUUAAUAUAAUUGUACAUAUUCUAUUAAUUUAUAAGUUAAAUAGUUCAAGUUUUGUGUUAAAAAAGUUAAAAUUGUAAAAAAUAACAAAAACAUCAUUUUUGGAAGCAAAAAAAAAUCGAAGAAAAGUCACGUAAACAAAAUUAUUUGAUGUUAAUACGUUUUAUAUAAACAGUCAAAAUUACGCCAUCAAAAACGGAUUACAUUUCGAUAUCACCGUCGCGAGCCAUACCAAUGCCCGCUUAUUACGAGAUGCUAGUAUCUCAGAGUCCUCCAUUAUUUAGCCACAGUCCACCGACGGGCUUCCUAUCAGAAUAUGGACCGAAUAGAUUUUAUGAAUCGCCAAGAUUCUGUAGAUCAGCAGCUGUUUUAUCACCAUUGUCACAACGUCGCUUUCCACCACAAAAUCAACAGCAGUCAUUAUAUCAAACUCAUUUACAAAGUCUCUCGCCAUACAAGCCAUGUUUAGUACCAAAGCCGCGCCGUUCAUGCCUUAUUGUCCGUAACGAUAUCAAUAAUCAUCACAAACAUGAGCCAACGAGUGAUAGCAGCAGCGAUGAUAGCGAUGAUUAUGAGAGACCUCAAAAAGCUAAGAAGCGCGUUGUUUUUGCCGACGAUAAAGGAUUGGAAUUGGAACAAGUUAAAAUUAUGUCAGAAUCAUCAACACAACCACCAACGUGGUCAUUGCAAUUUCUCGCGCACGUAACUCAGGGAAUGAUUUCUCCAGUUCCUCAGGAACAGUGGACCAUUGAUUUUAGGCAACCAGCAUCCGAUUAUCUUGAAUUUAGACGUAAAUUGGAAUCAAGUAAUGUGUCACUGGAAAAUGUAAUAAUAAAAGAAUCGGAAUCAACAGUUGUUGGAACAGUAAAAGUAAAAAAUUUGAGUUUUCACAAAGAAGUAAUAAUCCGAUCGACAUGGGAUAGUUGGAAGUCUAACACAGACACCACAUGCACAUAUUCAAAGAUUCUUGGAGCUAGUGGAGCUUAUGUCAUUUACGAUACCUUCUCAUUCAAAGUAACACUUCCGCCACACUCCAGAAACUUGGAAUUCUGUGUAUGCUACAGAGCGGACGGAAAGGAGUUUUGGGACAACAAUGGAGGUAUCAACUACAAAUUAACAAAUCGAGUAUCUGCACGUCAAGAAGAAAAUGAACUCGUGAUAAGACUUAAUAACACAACAGUUAGCAAUAACACAGACAAAGAGAAGAAAAAGGAGGAAACAAAAACAAUAGAUCGUAGCUGUUCGCCGACAGAGCCCGUUGCUGUACCGAAAGCUCAUUUCGGAUCAUGGUCAGAAUUUAGCACAAGACAUUCAGAGUCUCCACUACCUUAUUGUUCAUUAUCAACUAACGGAAUUUGCACUGGUUUGUACAUGUAAACAAUAAUGAUUAUGCGUAGAGUGCAUCAAAAAAAAAUCAUGGGAAUUGAUAAAUAAUUGGAACUAUUUGAUAAUGAGUGAAGAAUGGAUGAAUUUUGCUCAACAUUAACACUUUAAAAGUACAAACAACAAUUUGAAGAUGUAAAAAAAAAUUUCUAUCAAAAAAUGAGGAGAAUAGCUCAAGAUAAAACUCACUAAAAGCCUCAACAAAAGAAGAAAAAAAAAUGUUAUAUGCAAUAUAAACCUACUUUUUUAUAUUAAAAAGGAGAUAACUAAUUAUAAUGUGAUGUGGAAAGAUGAUCGAUUGGAAGCUCAGAGAGUGUCAUAGUUGGAGCUUCAGGGAAAGCGACAGAUGAUGGAGUCAGAAACUGAAGAAAAAGCUUUUUUUUUGAUGUUAUAAAUUGGGUCAGUUAAUGAUUACAGAUUAAUUUUAUUUUAUUGGUAAUUUACAUGUUCCAAAAUCAUUUUAUUUACUUCAUUUUGUGUUUAGCAAAGUCUGAAAGUGAAAAAGCAAAAAUAUCGUAAAAAUUCUCUAUUUUUUAUCAUCAUUUUAUAAGAAACAAAAGAUCAUAAAGUAAUGCUAUGGAACAGGGAUAAUUAAUUGUUGAUCACGAUGUGUACUUGCUGGAGAUUGUCUUUUAAAUUAGCACUGAUUAAGAAUAAUAAUAUAUAUAUAAAGUUAGAAGAUUUGCAGGUCAAAUAAUUCAAGCUUACAUUUACACGUUUCCCAUUUUUUGCAAUUAUAUGUGCUAUAAACUUUAACAUUUCUCAAGUAUCUACACAUGAGAUCACAAUUUGAUAUCUUUUCUUUUAUUUCAUGUUAUUUUUGUCCUAUUAUUUUAAUUUUUAUUGUUUUUAAGAUCUUUUUAUGUGGUGGAAUAUUUUUAAAAUUAGCUAAUCCUACUUUUUGUUAUUGAAAGAUCAACUCAUUAUUCAUCAAUGUCAAAAUUAUAUAUAUUUAUAAAGAAAAGAAUGAAAUAGGGAAAGUUGAUAAUUGAUAUAUAAGAAUUGAGUGGUGACGGAGGC